CAAAAGAGGAGGAGAAAACAUGAUAAAGCAGUAGCUUCCGGGAAGGGCCAAGUAAACAAACGAGCUAGCGAGGAGGGAACUGCAGAUUCGUAAUUCUAAAUAGGAGUCGUUUUGUGCUUUAAUCAUUAAAUUUUGGAGCCGUUUAUUCUUUGAGAGUGGGGGGUUACUGUGCUAUUUUUUUUAAUUGGUCACUUUGCCAUUCUGUGCAAAGGCUCUGUGUAUCAGUCUCUUCAGAGGCUAGCUGUGCCAUGUAAGAUUGGGGGGAAUUGUUCCAGUCCACCUUUCCAAGAUAUGACCAGUGAAGUGUCGAUGGCGUCAUUAAGAUCGGCGAUGGAACAGGAAGUGCAAGACACAAGCGCUGUGUUAGAGAGCUUUCUCUUUAGUGUGUAAAAUUCAAGGCGGGGCCUAAACACUGGACUACAAUCCCCAUAACCCAACGCUUCAUCCAUAGUGACCGUUUAACUGACAACGCUGAGAAGAGGGAACAUAUCGCUACCCUAAAUGACACCACUGUAGUCCCACUGUGGCAACAUACGUGGCUGAUCGAAGCUAAGAUAAAGGAACCCAGCUGAUAUGGCAGUGGCACAUUUGGCUUGCGAGAGUCAAGGUUCUAUGGUUGACCUCUCAGGACAAGGGCUUCAGAAAUUGAGCCCUACACUUCCUUUUGGGAAUGACACACAAACUCUGAUAUUGGACAAAAAUCAAAUCAUUAAGCUUGAACAUAUGGAAAAAUGCAGAAAUCUAGUACAGCUCUCAGUAGCCAACAAUCGUCUUGUAAGGAUGAUGGGGGUUGCAAAAUUAAUACAUCUCAGAGUACUAAACUUACCACAUAACAGUAUUGGGUAUGUCGAAGGACUGAAGGACUUGGUUAAUCUGGAAUGGCUUAAUCUUGCUGGAAACAAUUUGAAGAUAAUUGAUCAAAUAAACAGCUGCACCUCCCUUCAACAUUUGGAUUUGUCAGACAAUAACAUAUCUCAAAUUGGUGACCUCUCUAAGCUAAAAUCUCUGAAGACUUUACUUCUGCAUGGCAAUAAUAUUGCAUCAUUACGAGCAGCGUCUGCUUGUCUUCCUCAGAGCCUUACUAUACUUUCAUUGGCAGAAAAUGAAAUUAGAGACUUGAAUGAAGUGGCAUUCCUUGCUGGCCUUGCCGAUUUGGAACAGUUAUCAAUCAUGAACAAUCCAUGUGUGAUGGCCACACCAUCUAUACCAGGGUUUGACUACAGACCUUUUAUUGUCAGCUGGUGCUUGAAUCUCAAAGUUUUAGAUGGAUAUGUUGUCUCCCAAAAAGAAAGCUUGAAAGCAGAAUGGCUAUACAGCCAAGGCAAAGGGAGAUCGUAUAGGCUUGGCCAGCACAUUCCACUAGUCCAGUACCUGGCAACUGUGUGUCCUUUAACUUCAGCACAUGGUCUUCAGACAGAAGAGGAUGCAAAGUUGGAAAAAAUUUUGAAUAAACAGAGAUUGCACCAGAAGCAAUUACUGCAUCAAACACGCAGUGAAGGCUACCUCACCUCAUCUACUCCCAAUAAAAGGCUACCACUCUCACCUGAACAGCAAAGCCCAACACAUGUAUUACAGAAUGAACCCACAGUACAAGUAAAUAAUUGGCUAUGGUCAAACAGUUCUGAGGAUCACUCCUACGCUGUUAGAAAUAUCUGUUCCAGUUCCCCAGGGCCAUCGCAUUACAGUAGUCUUUAUAUGGAAGACAUCCAGACAGAUGAAGACAAACUCAACUGCAGUCUUCUUUCCUCAGAAUCUACCUUUAUGCCUGUUGCUCCAGGCCUUUCCCCUGUUUCACCAACAGAAGAGUUUAGGGUUCCAGCCAUAAAAUCUGACCUACUGCUCAAUGAAACUGUGAUAGAGUUUAACAAAGACAGCACUGAAAUGCCCCCCACUGCAACUACAGAAAUGUCAAAGCUAACUCAAGAUCAGACAGCAAUGCAAGAUGAUCAAUCAUGUGUCUAUCCAGUUAUCCAAGAUGAGAAUUUAGCAGAAAAUAUAAUUCAUUGCGAGACUUCCAUUAGUGUUGAGAGUACGCAGAUUUCAAAUGGCCAAACAUGUCACAGUAUAAUAAUGAAUAGUAAACAGUCUUCUGUUCUGGACCAAGAUGCAAGCCACCUAAAUAAAAUAAACACAGCUGCUACAAAAAUUCAAUCCUGUUGGAGAGGUUUUUAUGCAAGAAAGUAUAACCCAAAAGUUAAAGAUGUAUGCUAUGAAAUCCGACUGAGCAGAAUGCAGGAGCACAUUGUAUUCUUAACAGAAGAAGUCAUUAGGCUAAAAAAAGAGAAAGAAGAGGAGCGAAUACAAAGACUUGUGCAAGGGGAAGCCGUGAGGUACCUUUGGGAACAGGUACAAGCCAUACAACAAUGGCAAAAUACAGUAAAAUGGCAAACUGCCAAUGGUUGUAAUGAUUUUCAACCACUCAGUAAUUCAAAGCAUGACAAUCCUGUUUUGGAAGAGAUACCUUCUUGUAAUGCUUUAAUCCCUGAAAAGCUGAAUAGAAAAACAUCACCAGACAUCCCAGACUCUGGGUUUCACUCUGUCAUAUUGAAUCACUGCACCCUGAAUAGUACUGAGAAGAAUUCCUCUGAGGAAAGCGAAUAUUCUCAGCCCUCUCUGGAUACCGUUCGACAUUACAAUGACAAGGCACCAGACAGCCCUUCAGAACACGAUUUGACUAGAGAAGAGCAAAGCCAUAGCAGCAAAGAAAGUUUCACCAGUGAGCAGGACAGCAGUCUUCUGCAGCAGUAUCUAAAGUCUGUUGAGCAGCUGGAUGAGACUGAAGAUAAUACAAGCUACAGUGACAGGACUGAGGAAAGUAGACCUGAAAUUACCAAUUGUUCAGACAAUUCUGACUUGUCCUGCAGCAUCUCCCACUUCCUACCUGAAAACAGUAAGCAGGAAAACACUGACAUACAUAGCAACUUACCUUCUAUAGAUGAUGGACAAAGCACACAAAAAACAUGUGAUUCUGGUUUACCAGUGCCACAGCCAGAAUUAGUCCUUUAAGUACCUGUGUGUCAGCAGAAUUGGUUUAUUGACUUUCGUGUGGAACUGAAUUUGAGAAUCUCUUCUACUUUUAUGCACUUUAAAUUAUCACACCAUUUUACUAAAAGCACAUCAUGCCAUCUUUCUGUUCAAUAAAUUCCAUAUUUAUGUACAA